UAGGGUAUGGCUGACGCUUUGAGCCAGGUUAGCUCAGCAACCAGGAUUCCUGCUUUUCAGCGAAAGCCCCAAACUAGCGAAUUUCUCCUGUUUUUCAUCGCGUUCUCCGUCGACAGCGUUCUGCGGACGUCGUUUCUUCAUUGCUGCUUUUGUUCGAGCUGUAGCCAUGGAUUUUGACCUGGUUUGCACACUUGUCAGUACAGCGAGUCUGGUGGACGAGCUUACCACCAUCAAAUGGAAACGCCAGCAGGAAGCGGUGGUGGAGAUGUCGGAGACUGGCCUUGUGGUUGUAACAGAGGAGCUAAACUGCUUGCACGCGCGCGCGUUUUUUAGGAAAGAGCUCUUCCUGGACUACGUUUAUCGGCCAGAUGUUCGCUAUCGAUUCGGCAUCAAUCUCUCUCUUCUGAUUGAUUGCUUGGCGGCGUUCUCUGCGUCAGCUACCACAGGACACGUACUCACCUUGCGGUAUCCUGGGCCUGAUAAUCAGCUCUUGCUCAAGUGUCUCCAGGCUGUCUGAUCCAUCCAACAGCAACAGCAGCAUUGGAGCAGAAAUUCGCACAUUGCUUCCCGAUAUGAACCCCCCUGAAUGGGCCUUGGAUGUUGACACAUCGACUCCACAGAACGCUCCUGUCAGCUUUGCCAUUCGGUCAAGCGUUCUCAAAGAGUUGAUCGAGGAUCUGGAGUGGCCUGGUGCCAGUGUUCGAAUCUCCAUUAACCCUCAGCCCGCAGGAGUGACGUUUCUGGCCCAGGGUCAUGGUGACUUGCAGGUUGAUCUCCUUGUCGGACGCUGCAACAACCUUUUUGUUGACUUCAAAUGUCACCGGCCCAUUUCAUUCUUGUAUCGCUACAAGCAUCUCAGUGCAGCAACCACAAGCAUUCCUGCUGCUGUCCUCAAAGAAAAUCAUGCAAGUAAACUGACAAUAGACUGCCAUGGCCUUCUGCGAGUGCAGCACGUUGUCAACAUGCGAGCCACUGGACCCAGUGGAAGACACGCUAAUGAAGCUCCAGAUGCACAAGGAGUUGGUAGUAUUCCUGCCUUUUCUCAACCAACGCAAGAUGGGAGUCAAGCUCUGCACAAUAGGAGUGCAAGGACAUCAUUUGUGGAGUUAUUUGUUGCUCCACAAGAGGAAGAUUAUGAAGCAGAUGAGGUUUAGUUUAGCGUUUUUAUCAGUGUACCAUGCUACAUUUUUACUUCAUUUCCACCAUUCAGGCUGACGUGGCUUCUGUCAAGCUAUCUCUCAACAUUGCGUGGUUAUCACUGGCUCGAGCAGCGCUGGCACAUUGUCAUGCAAACCUGUUAUACGUUGGCCAAGCCCUACAGCAGCCCUCACCCUUCCCGCCAGAUUUUGCUCACUUCGACCUCGCAGAACUGCCUCAGCAGCACUCCAUCUUGCCACUCCCUUCAAUCCCGAAGGGCUGAGGGUUUCUCUUUCCCCUUGCACCUGGCCAAAGUCAGCAGUGUCUCAUCUCUUGCAUCCGUCAUGGCGACCGCGGCUGCUCGCUCGUUGCUUUGCGUGCAUUUCCCCACGCAGAUCUCCCCAGCGGAGGGCGAAUCCGCCUCUCUCAGGGCUUUCGCCAAGUCCCUCCCGUCGCACGGCCUCUCUGCGGUCCCUCACAGCUGCAAGUCUGUCACCAACCGUCGCAGUAGCGGCGCGAAUGGGAGCAGCAGUCGCAGACGACAGCCAGUGAUGGCAGCUGCGGGCGACGGUGCGACGACGAAGAAAUGCCGCAUCACCCUGCUGCCGGGCGACGGUAUCGGCCCUGAAAUCAUGGCAGUGGCUGUGAGGCUGCUCAAGGCUCUGGGCGAUCUGGAAGGCAUUACCUUUGAGUUCCAAGAGGCGCUGGUCGGAGGUGCUGCCAUCGACGAAUUCGGCGUGCCUCUGCCCGAAUCUACCCUCGCCACCUGCCGCGACAGCGACGCCGUGCUGCUCGCAGCAAUUGGAGGCUACAAGUGGGACACCCUGCCCGCAGAUCUCCGCCCUGAGCGCGGCCUGCUGGGGCUGCGCGCAGGGCUCGGCGCAUUCGCUAACCUGCGCCCUGCGACCGUCUUCCCCCAGCUGAUCGAGGCGUCGUCGUUGAAGCGAGAGGUGGUGGAGGGAGUCGACAUCAUGGUGGUGCGAGAGCUGACGGGUGGGAUCUACUUCGGGCAGCCCAAGGGCUUCGGCCAAGAUGCAGAGGGCAACAGGACAGGCUUCAACACCAUGAUCUAUGCUGUCCCUGAGAUUGACCGCAUUGCCCGGGUGGGCUUUGAGGCGGCACGCAAGCGCAGCGGCCGUCUCUGCUCUGUGGAGAAGUCGAACGUGCUGGAGGUGUCGCAGCUGUGGCGCGAGCGUGUCACCGCCAUCGGGGCAGAGGAGUACCCCGAUGUGGAGCUGAGCCACAUGUAUGUCGACAACGCCGCCAUGCAGCUCAUCAGGAACCCCCGCCAGUUUGACACGAUCGUCACGGGGAACAUAUUUGGGGAUAUCCUGUCAGACGAGGCGUCGAUGCUGACUGGCUCCAUUGGCAUGCUGCCAUCAGCCAGCAUUGGGUCGGAUGGCCCGGGCAUCUACGAGCCGGUGCACGGGUCGGCGCCGGACAUUGCAGGGCAGGACAAGGCAAACCCGAUGGCGCAGGUGCUGUCGGCCGCCAUGAUGCUGCGCUACGGGCUCAACCUGCCCCGUGGCGCUGACCUGCUGGAGGCUGCUGUCAUGAGCGCCCUGGAGUCCGGGUACAGGACUGGCGACAUUGCGUCUCCGGGCACUGAGGUGAUCGGCUGCAGUAAGAUGAGCGAUGUGUUGCUGGAGAAGCUUCACGAGGCGCAUGCCAAGCUGAGCUAGACAGUGGUGGUGGCGCCAUAAAUAUUCAAGCCUAGCAAGCAACACGAACAGCACAAUGCCUUCAAAAAAUAGCUGCUUGACAUCCUUCCGUUGGGUUUACGUACAAUUUUUUGUAGGUUGUAUUCGGCAGACAAGGGGAAAAGGGCCAAUUAGCUUGCAGAUGGUGGAAGAUAUGCAGCACUUGUAUUUUAGCAUUAGCAGCUUAGGUUGUAACACUGCGAGCUGUGCACUUUUCUCAUAGUUUCGUCACUGUGGCAGGUGGGUGUUCACAUUUCCUGCAGCCAUCCGUCGUCAAAGCCACAACAGC